CUAGGCCGGUGCGCAAAACGUGGGAUGAGCAGAGCCCGGAACCUGGCGUCAGGGCUCUGGUUUCUGGUCGGCGGAAUCUAAGCUCAGGGCAGAGUGCAACCGGACCGCGGCUGAUGGGCUCGGAUUGCUAUGGCAACGAGGCCCGGGAAGCAGCAGGGCUGGCAAUGGAGGGAGGAGCGCGAGGGGUGUCGUGGGCCCGCGUGGGGUCGCUCGGGUCGCCAUUCCUCUGAAGACUGGAGACCCUCAGGCCCCAUCGGACUCCUCGCUGUCGGGGGACCUGGGGACGCGGUGGACCCCGGCGGUUCCUGGCCUGGAAUCGUGAGCGCUGCCACCAUGCUGAGCUCUGAGCAGGCCCUGAACAAGCUGCUGAUGCGCAAGGAGCAGGAGUGGCGUGUGCUGCAGGCCCAGCGGAGCCAGCUGCAGGAGACAGCUCUGCAGGACACUCAGCGCCAGCUGGAGGAGGCAAGGGAGAAGUUACGGCGCCUUCAGGAGGACUUCGUUUACAACCUACAGGUGCUGGAGGAGCGGGACCGUGAGCUGGAGCGCUAUGACGCUGCGUUUGCCCAGGCCAGGGCCCAGGAGGAGGCCAGGCAGGCAGAGGUGAGCGAGCUCAAGAUAGAGGUGGCCAAGCUGAAGCAGGAGCUCGCCAGAGAGGCCAGACGUGUGGAGGAGCUGCAGGAGCAGCUGCGGCUCAGGUUGCAGGAGCAUCGCCUGGAGCUGGGCCGCAUCCAGAGUGACAAGAACGGCGAGAUCGACCACCAGCGGGAGCAGUACGAGAACCUGAAGUGGAGGCUGGAGAGGACGCUCGAGGAACUCGAUGGCGAACUUGCUCUGCAGAGACAGGAGCUGCUGCUGGAGUUUGAAUCCAAGAUGCAGAAGAAGGAGCAUGAGUUCCGCCUGCAGGCCGACAGCAUGAGCAGCACAGUCUUGGCCCAUGAGCUCAAGGUUAAACUACUGAGCAAAGAGCUGGAGGCACUGAGGGCCGCGGGAGCUCAGGCGGCCGAGUGCCUGCAGAGAGCAGAGGCAGCGAACGCCAAGCUAGAGCAGAAGCUGGAGGGCUGCGGCUGGGAGCUCCGGGACCUGGAAGCCGUGAAGGACGCCCGGAUAAAGGACCUAGAGGCGACACUUCACUCUGCACAGCUGGCCAGGAAGAAAGACGAGGAGACGUUCACCAGGAAACACGAGGAGCUUGACCGUCUGGCCAGAGAGAGAGACGCCGCGCUGGUGGCGGUGAAGGGCGCCCACGCGGAGCAGCUUCGGGCGUCGCAGGCCAGGCUGCAGGAACUCCAGGCCCACUGCGAGAGCCUCGACGGGCAGCUGCGCAGGGCCGAGUGGGCUCAGGCGGAUGCCGCCAGGGAGAAGGACGCCGUCAUUGCCAGGCUCCGCGACGAGGCAGCCGCUCUGCAAGCUGGCUGGGAUGCACAGGUCGCGCAGAUGUCCAGGGAGGUGGUCUCCAGUGGCCUGCAGGCCCAGGCACUGCGGGAGGAGGAGGUGAAGCUCAAGGCGCAGCUGGCCAGAGCCCAGCAGGACGUGGACAGGUACAAACAGCAGCUGUCCCAGGCUGUUGAGAGGGAACGGAGCCUGGAGCGUGACCAGGUGCAGCUGGGUCUGGACUGGCAGCGCCGCUGUGACGACAUCGAGAGGGACCAGAUCCAGAGGUCAGAGGCCUUGAUCCAGGGGCUGAUGGAGGCCAGAGAUCAGGUCACCGCCAAGCUUCAGGAGACAGAGCAGGCGCUGCGGGAGCAGGAGGUGGUGCUGCGGGCUGUGACCCUGGAGCGAGACCAGGCCGUGCAGGGGCUGCGGGCACACGGGCCCCUCCCCAGGCUGGAGCCACAGACGCCCCCACAGCAGCACAGAGAAGAAGUUGGUAAAGAUUUUCCGUCUAGGGAGAUCCAGCGGCUGCAAGAGCAGAACAGCAGCCUGCGGAGCACCGUCGCACAGAUGAGGCGGGAGAUGGAAACGCUGAGUGACCAGAUGCUGCCUCCCCCACAGUUAGCAAGGGACACCUCGGAGGCCGAGCGGCCCGGUCCUGAUCCCGAUCCCCAGGCUGCGGGAGAUGCAGCCCCUCCUGAUUUUGUUCUGGCCCUCGAAGCAGAAAUGCAAGACCUAAAGCACAAACUGAAAGGCCUGGAAGCGCAGCUGGAAGGCGCGCGGGAGCCUCCGAGGACGCCCUCCAGCCAUGCCGACCCCCAGCCCAGUGCCUGCUGCUCCGCAGAGGCUGCCGGAGACUCUGUCUGUGUUGACCAGGCAUCCCCUGGACUGGUGCUCAGGAAGCUUGGAGACAGAGUGCAUCUCUUGACCUUGCUGGUAACGAAGCUCAAAAAGAAGGUGCAGCAGCAGCCCUUGGAGCUGGACACUGUGCAGCAGGAGCUUCCCCCAGAAGUGGACCAGGUGCACCUGGAAGUUCUGGAGCUGCAGAAGCAGGUGGCUGAGCUGCAGAAGUACCUUGGGACAGCUCGGCCGAAAGGAGGGGAGCCCUCAGACAGGAAGUUGCUCCAGAAAGAGGGCCUCGCAGAUGGGACACCCGUGGGGACUGAGGACCAGGAGCAGUUUUCCAGACACCCACAGCGGAGAACACAGCGCCCCCAGGCCUCAUCUGUGCCCCACCUGCAGAGGAAACUAAAGGAAGCUUCCAGAAAGAUCCUCAGCCUCCACCUGCAGAGGGAGCAGCUCAUCGAGAUGGGGAACCGGCUGCGUGCUGAGCUGGGCCGUCCCAGAGUUUCUUCUCCUUCCACUUCUUCAACUUCAUCCAAGUCUUCAUCAAGUUUAGACUGUUCUUUGCUACAAUGUCAUAGCAUCACACCGUGGUUCAUUUGUAUUGUCAGUGUCUGCCAUGUUGUAAGAACUGCAAAUACCUGGAUCAUAUAAAAGGAGGGGCACCCAACACUGGGGUGCAGCAGCACUACAUGGACCUAUCAUCUGGGUCCCAGGUUCUUGAAGAAAAGACACAGCGUUCUGACCCUGCAGUGCAGGCCACACCCAGCAAUACCUGGAGCCCCAGGGAGUAGCAGCACCCAGACCUGGCAGGCCCACUGGAGCCCCAGAGCCCCAUCCAUGUGUGGCCUCUUGAGCAGAGGCCCGCCACGCAUGGCUCUCAUCACUGUCCCAAGUAGACGCCCUCUGGGGAGGGGACACCAGACUCCACCCGCAUUGGCCACAGUGUUUCUCUCAGGCCUGGAAGCACACACCUCUGCUCACCUCCACCUCCCUCAGCCUUCGCACCCUCCACCCUCGGCUCCUUUGCAGCAAGCUUCUGAGCUUCCUGUGAUGCCCUCAGGCCGUGCUGUGGGGGUACCAUGUCCCUGUGUCCCACCCCCACCCCGUCUGCUGAACAUCAGGGGAGCCAAGGCCUGAUGAGAUAUAAGCCUGGGCCACAUCUCUCAAGGCAGGUCCUGUGCAGCCCUGCAGAGGGCCAGCAACCAAUGGUGGCACUUAAGAGAAGGCCCAGGUCAGGCCACCGGUGUUGGUCCCUAGCUUCUGCCUUACAGGGAGGACAGCUGAGGCUUAGCACACUGAUGUUUGUAUCCCAGGCUUAUGAGGGAACCUCGAAAUGGGGAAGGAACCAACCUGAGCAUGGGGCCCAAGUUUCAGGGAGUGCUGUACUCCCCGGAAGGGUGUGGGGCCCUAGGAGCCAGGGGACACACCCUGGAGCAGCCCUCUGGGUAAACCUGCUGCCCUCUCCCGGCUGCCUGGGCAUCGGCAUCAGAGCAAGCCUCGGAGCCCACGGGGCUGGGACCCUUCUCUGAAGGCCAGAGGGGCCUUCCCAGCACUGGCACUUUUAACUACUUUUCUUUCUCCUUCUGUCCCUCACAUUUUGCUAGAAGGCUGCCCACCUUUUUCUGGCCUCUAGAGAAUGAGCCUGGGGCAGCCAUGGCCCUGUCGCCCCUCUGGCUCUGUGAUUAUCUGUUGUGGCUCAGAUCUGAUGUCCCCCGCCAUCUCCUGUGUUCAGAGCGGGGCUUUCGGGAGGUGACAGGACUGUGCAGGCUCUUGACUUCAUCCGUGGACCGGUCCAUCGAUGGUCACGAUUUGGUGGCGCUGUUGAGAGGUGAUGGAAACAGGAGGUGGGGUCUCCUUGGAGGAAGUGGGUCUUGGAGAGGUCUCCUUGGGGACUGCAUGUUAUCCCCACCCUCUGCUCCCUGGCUGCCAUGAGGUGAGCAGCCUCCCUCCGCCACACCCUCCACCAUGGUGUCUCUGCCUCGCUGCAGGCCGAAAGCAAUGGGGCUGGGUGCCCUCGGACUAGAACCCCUGAAACUGAGCCAAAGUAAGCCCCACCCCCCGGCCCUGUACUGGGGAUUGAACCCAGGGCCUCAUCCCGAGCUACUUCCCUAGCGCUUUUUAUUUUUUGAGAGUCUCACUGAGCUGCCCACCCUCCUGCCUCAGCCUCAGAGUCCCGGCACAGCACCGAGCCCUCUCCUGUCCCCUGUAGGUUGUUUCUCCCAGGCAUUCGGGUCACAGUGAUGAAAUCUGCCUAGCACUGUUCGUUAGUCAGGCUUUUGUCCUUUUCCCAGUCUGAUGUCUGGCUGAGCUGGAGUUUCUCUCUCUCUGAGGCUGACAUGGGAUUCAGCUCACACUCCUGCGGCACAGCUGUGAGCACAGUCACUCAGUUCAUCCCCAGCCCACACGGGACUGGAGAUCUGAAAACUGCAAGGCACGGGAUCCAGGCCCUUGGGACAGAUGUGGAAAAGGCAUCAGCGAUGAGGGGGGAGACAGGCAAGUUCUCAGGUAUGGGACAGAGCCACUGCCCCCAGGGCACCCAGACCAGGUCUGGGCUGGCAAGUGAGAGGCCCUAGGAAAUCUGUAAGUGAGGAGGAGCCCCAGUGUGUGAGGCUAAGUCUACAGCAGGAUCUUUUGCUUCUCAAAAGUUUUAAGGGUGGGCAAGCGUGGUGGUGCAGGCCUGUAGUCCUAGCACUCAGGGAGGCUGAGGCAGGAGGAUAAGAAGUUUGAGUCCAGCCUGGGCAACUGAGUGAGACCCUCUCUCAAAAUAAAGUAAACAAGGGCUGGAUGUAGCAGGGUGUCCCUGGGUUCAAUCCCCAGUAGUGCAAAUUUCACAGAGGCUGUGGUGUGGCUCAGUGGUGGAGCACAUGUCUAGCUAGCAUGUUCCUCUCCAACACCAAAACAAACCCGCUUCCGGUUUGGCCUUGAGAAGGGUGAGCGCGGGGAUCUAUGUUAGAGGCGCCUGGCUUGGUCAGGCCUGUCAUCUGCCACGAGUUCAUGCCACGUGACUCCAGCAAUGCUUCCAGAACCUACUUAAAAGAUACUCUCGGGCGGGGAGUGGGCUCGGCGGUGCAGCGCUUGCCUGGCAUGUGUGAGGUGCUGGGUGCCAUCCUCAGCACCGCGAAAAAGGAAAAGGACUCAGGAAUGAUGCACAUCCAGGGACGUGCCCUAGGAACGUCUGCGGCGGCGGAGAGCAACCGGGAAGGAUGAGCGGGGAAGUGACUGGAGCGGCUGCGCCACCCUGGAACCCGCUUCCAGCGGCUCGACCUGGUCUCCUCCUCCGCUAUCGCUGGAGUCCUUGCGAGUGUGGCACAGAUUCUUGGAGCCAAGAACCGCGUGGCGCUGCGCGGAUGUGUCCUGUCCUGCAGGGCGGCGUGUGCGGAGCAGCGGGGAGCACGCGAGAGGGUGCCAGUGUGGGCUGCAAGGCGCUGCUGCCUCUGUCUGCUCCCUGUCCCCGCGCCCCCCCCCCCGCCCCAGCCUGUGGCCAAGGCUGCGGCCACUCAUUAAGAGGCUCGCAAGAUCGCCCCGAGGGAAGCAUGUCCCACGGGGCCCUGUGCCCCGCCCGACCGCGCCCCGUAUCACCCCACCUCUGCCCGCUGUGCCUGCCCGGGUCCAGGAGCAGGCGAUGCCCGCAGGCCUCACCAGGCCUCGCGCUCUGCUGCGGAGGGUAAGGACGGAUCCACAGGCGGGGGGCCACCCUCCCCAGACACAGGGACCCUCACCCUGCCCUGCACCUGCCGAUGGCAGGGGACAGUGAGGGCCAGGCAGCCUUCUGCCCGCCCGCUGACAUGACGCCCAACGGUCUAAAAAGGUUUUUGUUUUUUCUCAUUAUAAAAAAAUUUAUAUUAAAUAUUUGUUUGUAAACAUUUAAAGUAGAGUGAGCCAGGGAUGGUAUUGCAGGCCCAUAAUUCUAGUACUCAGGAGGCUGAGGUGGGACUGUCUCCAUGAGUUGGAGGCCAGCCUGAACUACAUAGUGAGACCCUGUCUCAAAAACAACAACGAAAAAGUAAAAAUAUUUCAUUGCUAUACUUCAUAUUUCUAUAAGUUUUUGACCAUUUGUAAUUCAUUAUCGGGUUAUUCCCUUGCUGUAUUGACUCAUCUAGAAGUAAUUUGGUUUUUAAAAAAUCAUAUUAGAGAUCUCGCUCAUUUUUUCCCAAUGGUUAAAUGGUUAAGCUAGUUGUGCAGUUCUGUUCAUCAGGUCCAUGUAGUGACUGCAAAAUAUCUGUGUAUGUUUAAUAUGUGAAUUAUGAUGCAACCUAUUGUAAUCCUCCCAUUAGUGUAGAAGUAAUGCUAGCAUAAAAUCAGAUUUCGUGAA